GCUGAAUCGACAACUUCAACCAGACGAAAACAGCCAAAGCGACGCAAGGCGGCUACUAAUGGGUCUCCUACAGAAGCGCCCAGCGUUGAUGUCAAGUCCCAGCCACCGGCAACUACGCUCCCGAAGUGCCUUGCAUCACAAGAUGUCAUGUUGAGCGUCCAAAGGUUCCUCGAGCCUUUGGAUUUAAUGACUCUGAGAAAGACCUGUAAGACUUGGUACGCGCAGUCGAAAAGCCGCAUCGUUUGGAUUCAGGCAAUCGAAAGAAUGUGCCUUCGCAACGGCGUACGGAAAGCUUGGUUUCCUCUUGAAGAUAUGUCGCUUCCGGAUCUUGAACAUUUGGCACUUUCUCCGUCGCGAUUCCUCUCUUUACUGAAGCGUCAUAAUCAUGGAACGAUACGACCACCGUCCAUCCGGAUUCUAAACCCGCAGGUGGCCCAGACUAAUCUAACUGUGAAGACGGUGUUCUUGGUCCCUGGCGGGCGUUAUCUUGUCGCCGCAUAUACCGACAAUUCUGACAUCCAGUCCGCCUCUUUGUGGGACCUCGGAUGUGGUACAGCAAUGCCACUGAAGCUUGCGCCAGUGGCGCAAUUCACAUUCCCCGCAGGAUUCUGCAUCUCUGAAAUCAACCUCUCUCAAGACGGGGCCACCAUCUUGCUCAAUGGGAUCCGGAAAAUAGAAGCCCAAAACGCCUCUUCUGCCCAAGUAUAUACCCUCCAACCUGACUCGGAAGACCCCCAAUUUAAACUACAAGGAGAAUUGAAAAAUCUGCGUCUCGACACUGAUCCAUUGGGUCUCUGUGACGACCUGUUUUGCUUGGGUAUUGAUGGGGAACUGGUUGUGUGGAACGUGCGAGAGGGCACUGCAUGUCGGUGGCAAGGCACUGAUAACAUGUAUCAUGUACGCCUCAGCUUCGCUCUGUUCUACUCUUCAAAGACGCCGUUGUCACGCUGGACGAUUCAGAGAACACUCCAACGAUGCGCCUCUACGAAAUACCGCCUUUACAACCACACUUAG